UUUUGCCAAUUGGAAAUUUGCAGUAACAUUAUUACAUUUCCAGAAGAAAAAAUAUUCAAAAAAGGGGGAAAAGAAAAGGAUAAUUGAAGCGGCUUCCUAUCAUGUAAUCCAAGCUGAUAAUGGUUAAAAGGGAACGAUAGAAUGUGUCGAUAUUCUUCUUCUUCCUUUUUAUAUGAGGGAAGCUUUCUCUCCAUCCUUACUUCAAAGAUCUGUUAGCAAUGGAGGCUCCUCCAGAAAAACCAGAACAGCCGGCGCAGGUCGCUAGAAAGAAGGGCGGUCUAAGGACCAUGCCAUUUAUCAUAGCAAAUGAGUCGUUCGAAAAGGUUGCAGGGUAUGGACUGCUAGCAAAUAUGAUCCUGUACUUGAUGUCUGAGUAUCACUUCAGUGCUGCCUCCGGAGCUAAUAUACUAUUCCUAUGGAAUGCCGCGUCGAAUUUCACACCCAUGUUAGGAGCUUUUCUAUCUGAUUCCUACUUGGGCCGGUUUCUGGUCAUUGCCUUAGGAUCAUUGAUCAGUUUUCUCGGGAUUACUAUGUUAUGGAGUACGGCAUUUUUCCGGAACACGAGGCCUCCUGCCUGUGAUAUAUUAAAGGAACAUUGCCUACCCUCCACGAUUGCUCAAAGGGUGCUCCUUUAUUGCUCGUUUAUUGUCAUGUCCAUCGGGGCUGGUGGCAUCAGGCCAUGUUCAAUAGCAUUCGGGGCAGACCAGAUCGACAACCCUGAGGACCCAAAGAACCAACUGGUUCUCCAGAGUUUUUUCAACUGGUACUACGCCUCGGUUGGGAUAUCAGUCAUGCUCUCUGUGACGGUCAUCGUCUACAUCCAGGACAAGGCCGGGUGGGUCAUCGGGUUUGGGGUGCCACUGGGGCUCCUGUUCUUGGCAGCGGUUUUGUUUCUCAUCGGGUCCCCCUUCUAUGUCAAGGUGAAGGGCAACAAGAGCCUCUUCACUGGCUUUGCCCAAGUGGUUGCUGCUGCCUUCAAGAAUAGGCGAUUGGCUCUGCCUCCUAAGAAUUCUGAAUGUGAUGGACAGUAUUAUCACGGCAAAGACUCGAAAGUAAUUGCACCAACUGAAAGAUUAAGGUUCAUAAACAAGGCCUGCCUUAUUAGGAGCCCAGAGAAGGACUUGGACUCUAAUGGGCUAGCAAUUGAUCCAUGGAAGCUGUGCACCGUGAAGCAAGUGGAAGCCCUAAAGGCCCUAAUUAAGGUCUUGCCCAUAUGGUCCACCGGAAUCAUGGCCGCCGUGAACAUUAACCAGUCAUUCCCCGUGAUCCAGGUCAGCUCCAUGGACCGGCGUUUCAUCGGUAGCUUAAAGAUCCCCGCAGGCUCCUUCAGCGUCUUCGGGCUCCUGACCCUGACGAUAUGGGUCGCUAUCUAUGAUCGUAUCCUGGCCCCAUUCUUGGCAGGCCUGACGGGCCAUCCUAGAGGGCUAAGCCUGAAGCAGAGGAUGGGGAUAGGGCUGGUCCUAACGACCGUGGCCAUGGCGGUGUCAGCGCUGGUAGAGAGGAAGAGGCGGGCAUUGGCGAUCUACGAAGGCUUCGCAAACAACCCCCGGGGCGUGACCACGAUGACAGCCAUGUGGGCGGUCCCGCAGCACUGCCUGCUCGGGCUGGCAGAGGCCUUCAACGCAAUCGGGCAGAUCGAGUUUUACUACUCGCAGUUCACCAAGGACAUGUCAAGUAUUGCGGUGGCUCUCAUAAUGUUCGGGAUGGGGGUCGGGGGCCUGGCCGGGAGCCUAAUCGUGACUAUAGUGGAUAAAGUGACCAAGAGGGGAGGGAAUGUGAGUUGGGUAGAUAGCAACGUUAACAAGGGCCACUAUGAUUAUUACUAUUGGGUACUUACAUGUAUGAGUUUGAUCAAUUUCUUGUACUACUUGGUGUGUAGUUGGGCUUAUGGAAGUUGUGAGGAGUCCAACAUUUGGAGUGACGAAGACAGAGACGCAAACGAGGAAGAAACGGAUAGGAAACACAAUGGAACUCCAACACUAUCCCAUGUUUAAUGCAUAAUUGCAUAUAUGGUAGUUUCUUCUUGUUUUUCACAUAAUAAAUUGAAGGUGUUCGAAUUUUUUUUUUUU